AAGAGUGUUAUCAGCCACAGAAGGAGAGGGGAGCACACACACUGGGGAGGGUUUUUAAAAUAUCCCUUUUUAUGGUUGUCGGAUCAUAAACACUCGAGGACAUUAGAAACAUGCGCCUAUUGGGAUUAUCUCUUUUACUGUCGUAUCUUCUCUACACCAACCUUGCCAACGACAUCAGCCACAGCGACUAUGAGGAUUACUACGAGCAGGAGCAGAUGGACGAGCCGGACUCUCCACCAAAGCCAGACAUGGAACAGAAGUUGCGUUCAGCUUCCAGUGUUGAUGAACUGAUGAGUCUCAUCUAUCCCUCAUACUGGGCCGCUCUGAAGUGCAGAUCCAAACUUUCUGCUGCCGCUGCCUCCUCGACCUCUAAACUCUCUCAGCAGCCACAAUCCCGACAACUCGGGCCACAGGAUGACACAGAGAAACCAACAUUUGCUGCUGCCUACCUCAACUUGGAUGCCCUAAAAAGUAUAGAGUCGGAGUGGAGGAAGACUCAGUGUGUGCCCAGGGAAGUGUGUGUUGACGUGGGCAGGGAGUUCGGCGCUCCCACCAACAUCUUCUAUAAACCACCCUGUGUGUCCGUCUACAGAUGUGGAGGAUGCUGCCACUCUGAGGACAAGCAAUGCAGGAAUAUUUCCACAGGUUAUCUCAGCAAAACUCUGUUUGAGAUCACUGUGCCAGUCACCCAAGGCACCAAGCCAGUGACCAUCAGUGUGGCCAACCACACCCAGUGCAGCUGUCUGUCCAAACUAGAUGUCUACAAGCAAGUUCACAGCAUCAUCAGGAGAGCUCUACCUGAGUGCCCGACAGCCAACACGACGUGUCCUCCUGGUCAGGCUUGGAGCAGCAGGCUAUGCCUGUGUGUCAGCAUUGCCACCAUUAUGCACCACAACCCCCCUCUACCACCAUUGCCCCCUCCAAGACCCUCCCAACAGCACCUUGACAUAUUCUCAGCAGAUGUGUGUGGCCCAGAUAAGGAACUAGAUGUGGAAUCCUGUCAGUGUGUAUGUCGACGUGGGGAUCAAACGCGUGACUGUGGCCCUAACCAACAUCUUGACCGCAACACCUGCCAGUGUGCUUGCAACGUGCUGCCUGCACCCUCCUGCCCGCUCAACCACGUCUUCAACAAGGAGACCUGUCAGUGCACAUGUAUUAAGACAUGUCCGAGGCACCAGCCCCUAAAUAAAACAAAGUGUUCAUGUGAAUGUAAUGAGUCACCCAAUAAGUGUUUCCUAAAAGGACGACGAUUCCAUCAAGCGACAUGCAGUUGUCUCAGGCCUCCCUGCGAGGUUAGGAGGCGAAGAUGUGAACCAGGUUUCUCUUUCAGCGAGGAAGUGUGUCGCUGUGUACCAUCCCACUGGAGACGGCUGGACUAACUGGCAGCUAAUGAGACACUAAUAAGAUGCUAAUGAGCAGAUAACAAACUUACCAAG